CUGAAAGUCAGUACUGUCAUUCAAAGUACAACUCCAAAGACGCAAAAUCAACAUGCAGCUCACCCUCCUUUCGUUCCUGCCCCUCGUUUUGGCCAACCCGCUCACCCUUCACGAGCGCCAGUCCGAACCGCAAAUCACGUCCAUGACCGCGACUGGCGACGGCUGCCCGUCGGGAACCUUCAGCACCCUAAUCGGCGGGGAAGGCAACAAGAGCGGCAAGGCUUCCUUCGACGUGUUCGACAUCAUUGCCGGCCAUGACCUCUCCGUUUCCAACAAAACUUUGAGCUGCGACGUCUCCGUGGCCGUCUCAUUCCCCGGCACCUGCAAGCAGGCCGUCUUGAAGACAAGGACCGAUGCAUUCGUGUUGGUGGCGAUGGCCGAAGGAGCCACGGCCAGAGUGUCGUCCCAGUUCAGCGUUCUCGACGGCUCCGGCGGUGGAAGCCCCCCGGACUUGGUGUACACCAGCCAGCCCGGCCAGAACGUCGAGGACGACAUUGGCCGCAACUGGAAUGUCAGCAUAUCGGCGACCGGUGCCAUGGCCACGCUUGUGGCUCAUCUCGAGAUUUUUCUGGACUCGCCGAACGCGGAGUUGAUCUCGCGCGUGACAUUGGACGGGUUUGGGCUGCUCGUUUCCCAGGAGGGUGUGUGUUGAAGAUAUCGACUGUAGGCAGCCGCUUCAUCAAGUGUUGGGGGCCGAGAGUCAAAGCCAAAGAAAGGACUAACUUACGGCUCUGGUUGCGGUCGAUGGCAUGUUGCGCUGAGAGGUACCAGCUAAAACUGAAGUUUAACAACCCAAGAUUCGUCCCCACCUUAUUCAGACAUCUCAGAAUUUUUCGAUGCCAUGUGCCUAUG